AUGAGUCCUGACGGAGAGGAGCAUGACAUGUUCUGUCAGAAAGCUGUGACCCUGAUUGUUGACCUCUGCCUCCAGAACCACCAGUUAUUGGACCAGGACACCUGCCAGGACUUCUUGUUUCUGUUGUCCAACCAGAACUCGGACUACAAGGACCCAGAUGUCACUUUUGGCCUCCUACUCAGCGUGUUUGUGGUGUGCGGACUUGUCCUGUUGACUCUUUGUGCCUUCGCCUCCUGGAAGCUGUGCUGGGUGCCUUACUGGCAGAACAAGGCGGCAGCAGCCCUUUCCUCCAGCUCUGCAGCCCUGACCCCGGCCUGCGGUCCCCCAGACGACUGCCCCCCCUUCCACCUCCACAUCCACCCUCCUCAGCCCCAGCACCAGUUCCUCCCAAGCCCCAACCAGCAGAAGUCACCGGUCACCAUGGCAACGGAGAAAGUGAAGGACCCGAUGGGUUCCGUGGGUUUCCUGGAGGCUGCUGUGAAGAUAAGCCACACGUCACCUGAUAUCCCAGCGGAGGUGCAGCUGUCAAUGAGGGAACACUUUAUGAGGCGUACUCAACGCAUGCAGCGGCAGGCCACUGAGCCUGCUUCCUCCUCCAGACACAGCUCGUUCAAAAGGCACCUGCCCAGACAGAUGCAGUCGAUCAGCCUGGACCUUGGCAAUGACUAUUUGGACGAGGACGAGCAGCCCACCAGCAUCGGACGCAUCAAACCCGAGCUCUACAGACAGAAGACCCUGGACACUGACGAGUCCGCCAAGAACAGCAACGCCAAGAACUGUGGGAAGAUCAACUUCUCACUGAAGUACGAUUAUGAAAAUGAGGCCCUCCUGGUCAACAUCCUCAAAGCCUUCGACCUGCCCGCCAAGGACCUGUGCGGCAGCUCCGACCCCUACGUCAAAAUCUAUCUUCUCCCUGAUCGCAAGAAGUUCCAGACGCGCGUCCACCGGAAGACGCUCAACCCCACGUUCGACGAGUCCUUCCAGUUCCCCGUGCCUUAUGAUGAGCUGGCUGUUAGGAAGCUCCACAUGAGCGUGUUUGACUUUGACAGGUUCUCCAGACAUGAUAUGAUCGGGGAGGUGGUGGUGGAUAACCUCGUUGAGACGUCAGACCUUUCCAGGGAGACGGACAUUUGGAGGGACAUUCAGUACACCACAACUGAGAGUGUGGACCUGGGAGAGAUCAUGUUCUCACUAUGCUACCUGCCCACUGCUGGACGACUCACUCUCACGGUCAUCAAGUGCAGGAACCUCAAGGCCAUGGAUAUCACAGGAUACUCAGAUCCCUACGUCAAAGUGUCUCUCGUCUGUGACGGGAGGCGUUUGAAAAAGAAGAAGACAACCAUCAAGAAGAACACUCUGAACCCCACGUACAACGAGGCCAUCAUCUUCGACAUCCCCCCAGACAGCAUGGACCACGUCAGCCUGCACAUCUCAGUCAUGGACUAUGACUUAUGA